UCCGGGGCGGGGCGGGCGCGGGGCGGUGCGGCGGGCGGGCCGGCAGGGGGCGGUGCGGCGGGAGGCGGCGGCGGCGGCGCGCGCGGCCAUGUCCCGCUGGGCCCCCGCUCAGGAGCCCGAGUGGGCGCCCGAGCCCUGGCAGCCGCUCCCGCACGGCCCCGACGGGGACAAGGCGCCCGCGGCCACCGAGAUCUCGCUGUGGACCGUGGUGGCCGCGGUGCAGGCGGUGGAGAGGAAGGUGGAGUCGCAGGCCCUGAGGCUGCUGAGCCUGGAGGGCAGAGCGGAGACGGCCGAGCAGAAGGUGUCGGGGCUGGAGAAGGCGGUGCUGGAGUUCGGCAGCCGGCUGGAGCGGCGCUGGGCAGCGCUGGCCGCGCUGCUGCAGGACAACGCGCGCCGCCUGGACACCGUCGAGCGGCAGCUCCAGCACCGCGGCUGCUGGGGGCCCGGCACCGGGGAUGGGCACAAGGUGCCAGCGGCGUGCGAGGGCGACGCGGCCGGCCUGCCGGAGCAGGCGUGGGGCAGCUCGGACAGCCGGCACAAGGAGCUCUACCAGGUGGAGGUGAAGGGCAGUUACGAGGUCUCGCUUGGGCCCGGGGACAGCGGCUCCAAGCCUGCUCUGCUGCCGCCCGGGGACGGGGACGGGGAGGAUCCGGGUGCCGGGACGCACGGGCUGCUGGAGACGGGAGCGGUGCCGGGGCAGCUCGGUGACGGUGAGAUCGUGAUCAAGACGGAAGAGCCGCAGCCGCAGGAGGAGGGAUCUGAGCUCCUGGCUCUGCCGCAGGCGCCCUCGGGGAGGCCGGAGGAGGCUCCGCCGAGCCAGGAGCAGCCGGUGCCCUGGGACGGCCGCGCUGCCCUGGACGAGCAGAAGGCAGCAGGAGAGGCCUUCGGGGAGUUCUGCAAACACACGGCUGCCCAGCCUGAGUUUAAGCCCGUGGUGGUGCCGCUGGAAGCUCAUCCCGUCCCGGCCUUGCCCUUCCCCACAGAGCAAGUGCUGGGCGUGGGGACCGACCAGCCGUUCGUGCUGCCCCAGGGGACGCCCCCGCGAGAAGACGCCCCCGCGGAGGUGGCGUCGUUUCAGCCCGGCUCGGAGGAGCAGCAUCGUCCCUGCGCCGUGGGGGCCGAGCCCCGCGCGCCCCCGCCGGGCUGGAAGAGCGUCCGGCUGAAGCGCAACCUGCUGGCGCGGCAGCAGAGCCAGGCGAGGAAGAGCAACGGCUCCUUCAUCUGCACGGCGUGUGGGAAGAGCCUGGCGCACCACGCCGCGCUGCUGCGGCACCAGCGCCUGCACACGGGCGAGCGGCCCUUCCAGUGCCCGGCCUGCGGGAAGAGCUUCAACGAGAAGUCCAACCUCAACAAGCACUACCGCAUCCACACCGGGGAGCGGCCCUACCGCUGCCCCGCCUGCGGCAAGGGCUUCAUCCAGAAGCACCAUCUCCAGAAGCACCAGCGCAUCCACGGCGGGCAGCUGCGCGGCGGCUGGGCCGGCCGGCCCGCGCGGGCCAGCGCCGCCGGCGAGCGGCUCUACCGCUGCAUCGAGUGCGCCGAGAGCUUCCCGCAGAAAGCCUCGCUGGAGGAGCACCAGCGCCGGCACACCCAGCAGCGCCCCUUCCAGUGCAGCGGCUGCAGCAAGAGCUUCCGGCACCGGCAGUCUCUGAACCACCACCAGAAGGUCCACGCCGUUGCCAGCUCUCCUGCCGUCAGCUUGCCGAGCCACAACCAGGACACCAGCCCCUGCAAGGCUUUGACCCAGGAUAACCCGUAGCGAGGGCCAGAGGAGGGAGGGGACAGCGUUUCUCCGCAGAGGCGCAGCAGCCUGUGACACCGGGACACGCCAGGCAGCUGGUGUCACGACCGCUGCGGGGCUCGUGGCACCACCACAGGGCUCGUGGCAGCGCCGCGGGGCUCCGCGCCGCCCGGGGCUCCGGGAGGAGCAGGAUGGAGGGACGCUGAUGUGCUGCGUGGGCAGGGAAACGCGCAGGGGUGAAGAGACCGGCCCAAGAGGCAGCGGAGAUCUGGAGUCUGGGGCUGGGCCGGCGGUGCCGCUGCCCCGUGGACGGGGAAUCGGCCGAGGAGCGGUGGUGCCGGGUACGGCGGGGCGGUUGAACUCAGGGUUAUUGACAGUGCCAGCGUGGAGGUGACGUGGGGCAUCGGCGGUGGCUGGGGGGCAGCCGGGGGCGUUGGAUGAGCUGGGAGGGCACUCGGAUAAAGGACUGGGCUGACGCG